CCGGAAAAAAUAAAACAAAGAGCUGACGAAGAGUAAAUUAGACGUUUUAAGCCUGAAUGUAACUACUAUAAAUACAUGAGCUCUCGCAUACUGCAUCAUAAGUCACCAUCGCCUUGUGGAAUCACAAACGUGAGAAACUGUAACGAUGCUUGCCAAACCUUUAGUUGUGAUCUGCUGUCUCGUAUUGGCGGUGCUCGCGGAGGAGAAGGAAACCGAUAAAUAUGACCUGAUCAACGUUGAAGAGAUUUUGGAAAAGAGAUUAUUAACAGCAUACGUCGACUGUAUGCUGGAUAAAGGGAAAUGCACUCCCGAAGGCAAGGAGUUGAAAGAACAUAUACAAGACGCCCUCGAAACUGGCUGUGAAAAAUGUUCGGAAAAACAAAAGGAGGGAGCCACGACCGUUAUUGAACGGCUUAUCUCACACGAAAAGGAGUUCUGGGACGAAUUAUGUGCCAAGUACGACCCCGAUGGCGUAUGGAGGAAGAAGUACGAAGAACAAGCAAGGGAGAAGGGCAUCAUCAUCCCCAACUAAGAAAUACAUAACAAAGGUUUUGGAUUUAUUUCAUCAUUUUGUAAAUCACUUUUAAUAAAGAUUUAAAUGCAA